AUGGUUUCGGCUCCAUUUCUUGAGGUAACUGGUCAACAAGAUAUCAGAUACUCAAGAAGUACCCAAUCAGUAAACUAUGGAUGGUUUUACAUUCAUCUUUUAGUGACUCUUUCAUCAGAUCAAGGAAAGAUUUUAUCCGAAGAAUUCCCAAACAAGUUCGAAACAUACAAUAUUGUUCAUCCUGACUACUAUUUAAUGCAUUUAAAUGAAAAUGAAUUCGAAAAAAUGAAAAAUUACAAAACUGUCGAAAUUUUUACGGUAAAACGCACCAGAAUCGCGCAAGAUGAUGUCGAAAGUGGCGAUUUCCUGAUUCGUGCCUAUCAGGGAUGGACACCCGACAAUCCAAAUGUAAAAUUUACUUCUCUCGGUUUCGGAUUUUUUGUUGUUUAUAAUGCCGACAAAUCUGAUUACAUUAACGACCCGAAUAUCAUAUCUAUUCAAGAGCAUCAUCCAAAUGAGCUUGAGAAUAGGUUUUCUGUCGGUUUUAUCCAAAAUCCAAAUAAUAUCUUACCAGAAAUCGACAACAAACAUAAUAUGAUCGCAAGACCAUUACAUAAACUAGGAUUAACAGGCAAAGGCCAGAUAGUCCACGUCGCAGACUCUGGAAUAGAUUAUAAUCACCAUUUCUUCUACGAUCCUGAUCAUCCAAAGCUCGAAUUCAACAAAACAAUGCCAAACCAUCGUAAAAUCUACAGAUACGACACAAUUGCCGAUACAUCUGACUACGAAGGUGGCCAUGGCUCUCAUGUUUGUGGUAUUUUGGCCGGAAAAUCCAUAAACAACCAAUCAUUUGCAAGCCAAUACGACGGCAUUGCUCCUGAUGCAAAGAUCAUGAUCUUGGAUACAAUUAUUGGCGGAAUAAGCAACAAAUCAAGUAAAAUAAAGAACAUUGAAUUGGAUUUCGAUAUCGAGCAAAGAUACAAAGAAAUUGCGAACGAAAGAGUUGGCAUUGCAUCGAAUAGUUUUGGAGAAACAAUAUAUACCGAUUUAACAUAUAUUUAUGACAUUGUUACUUAUCAACACAAAGAUAUUUUGAUUGUUAAAAGUGCAGGAAACAGACUUGGACCAUUAACUGUUGGAACAUUUGGAGAUUCAAAGAAUGUUUUCACUGUUGGAAAUGUUUAUAAACCAUACACAUGGAGAAUUGACCAAGGAAACGUUACUUAUCAAUUCGUAUUGAAAAAUGGUGAAAAAAUUAACUCAACAUUCUCUAAUGUUUCUGAUGCAAAUCUUGUUGAUGUUCAAUCCAAUCUUUUAGAUCUAAAGAACAUGGAUGUAUCAGAUGGACCAAUGGUAGGUAAGUUGUGGGCAGUCAUUGAUAAUAAUGAAGAUAUUUGUACAAUUGCACAAUCAGCAAGAGAUAAAAGAGCAUUUGGUAUUGUUUAUCUUGACGAAAAAGAUCCUUGCAAUGAAAAUUAUGUUGCACAAUUCGCUGUCAAAACAAAGGAAGAACUCCAGAAAAUAAAUAAUUCAACAAGAGUAACGAUUAACCAAUUAUCCACUGAUAAGCCAUUAGAUAUUAACUUGUACAAAGUUAGUUCUCAAGGACCAGGAUACAGUGGAGUUACUAAACCAGACAUUGUUGCUCCAGGUGCUUUCAUUUACUCAGCUUAUUCCAGAGGAAACAAUUCUGUUUUCAAAGAGGAUUAUUCCAUGAGUACAUUGAUAACUAAAUCAGGAACAUCAAUGUCAUGUCCAUUGAUGGCAGGAAGUGCUGCAUUAGUCAGACAGUAUUUCAUGGAAGGAUGGUUCAAUGAAAAGAAAGGAAAAGGUUUUGUUCCAACAGCAAGUUUAUUAAAAGCUGUUAUAAUGAAUUCAGGAAAACCAGUCAACAAAUCAUUGUUUAAAGACAAUGCAGUUGGAUAUGGAUUACCUAAUUUAUAUGAUUCAUUAGGUUUCGGAGUGAAUAAAUUAGGUUUCUUUGAUAACAUUUCCAUCCAACCAGAAGAGAAACAAGAAUUCAAGAUUGUUGUUACAGAAGAUUGCGAUUUAUCUAUUACUCUUUCUUAUGCUGAUGCACCACUCGCUUAUACAGCAAAUCGUAUUCUUUAUGCUCAAGUUAACUUGUUGCUUGAAGAUGAGAAAGGAACUCUUUAUUCUGCUAAUGAUUUAGGAGAUUUACUUGAUGAAUACACAUCAACACAUAACAGAAUAAAGAUCAAAGCACAUAAAGGAACUUACAAAGUUCAUGUUAUAUCAGGAUAUUUCGAUAAGAAAGUUAAGAUCGAAUAUUCUUUAGCACUUUUGGCAAAGUUCAGUGAAUUUACUCAGCUUUCUAAAGCAGAAAGCGAAAAAAUCUGUCCAGGAAACUGCACUGGAAAUGGAAAAUGCGUGAAUGGAUUAUGCGUUUGCAAAGAAGGAUGGACUGGAACAGUCUGUCAAACAUUUGUUGGUCAAGGAAAAUUAAGCAAUCCUUAUAGUGUUAAAAUCGAUUCAAGAUAUCCAGGAUGGCUUAGUUUCGAUGUCAAGAAGAGCAAGAACUAUAAAUUAUCAAUCAAACCAGAUUAUAAUGAUGAAAGAUUACGCAUUUGCUUCGAUGAUAAAUUGGGAGUUGUCGGAAACCAAAGACAGCACUGUUAUGAAUCUAAACGCGAAUUUGUAAAUGUAACAGACAUCAAAUCAUCAACAGGAAAACUCUAUUUGGCUAUUUAUAAGACAGUUAAAAUUGGCAGUAUGAGAUUCUCUUUAGAAGAAGAUAAUGCUUAUAAGCUGGACAAGACAAAACUCUACAUGAUACUUAUGUAUUCAUUUGCUGCUUUGUUUGUUCUUUCUGUGAUUGUUAUUAUCAUUGUUGUUAUCAAAUGCAAGAAAUCCAACAAGAUUCCAAAGGACCAACUAUCAGAAUUAACGAACCCUCUUGUAAUUUAA